UUUUAUCUGGUCCCAAAGGGGAUCACCGGCUGUAAAAGGUUGGAGUCACCGGUAACUGCCGGUUGCCUCCGCGAAGAAAAGACUGGUUAGAAAUUGACCGCGGUUGAAAUGAUUGUACGCAGUUUUGACCACUCUGGUUAAGUCUCUCUCGAUUACACACAGCGAGACACAAACACAAUACAACACAAACAACGCCUAGAGAUAGAAAGAGAAAGAGAAAGAGAGGAGUCUGUGUACGAGCUAUACCUCUGGCACCUGUAAUUGUUGGCUGAGCUGGGUUGCAGAAGAGAGAGAGCAAGAUAGUGACUAGAGAGAGAGUCUUACCAGUUUUGGUGCUUAAAUCGAGAUAAUACGUCGUGGAUUUGUUUCAGAGGGAGUAAAAUUUUAGUUUUAAAGGAUUGUGUGUGUUGUGAGCUUAUCAGAUGAGAGAUCUGAGUUUGGAGAUUUGAAUUGUUGAAAUGAUGGCCACUGCUUCUUCAGAGGUGUCGAUAAAGUCUUCCAACGAGACUAGCAGGAGUCCUAUGGAAGGGCAGAAAGUUGUAAACCCCGAAACGGCGCUGUACAAGGAGCUAUGGCAUGCAUGCGCGGGUCCUUUAGUCACCGUGCCUCGUGAAGGCGAGCGCGUGUACUACUUUCCUCAAGGCCACAUAGAGCAGGUCGAAGCGUCAACCAAUCAAUUCGCUGACCAGCAAAUGCCAAUUUAUGAUCUUCGCUCAAAGAUACUUUGUCGCGUGAUUAACGUGCAAUUAAAGGCUGAACCGGACACUGACGAGUUUUCUCAAGUGACUUUGCUUCCUGAGCCAACUAAAGAUGAGAAUGCUGUAGAGAAAGAACCACCUCCUCCACCACCGCCAAGAUUUCAUGUACAUUCCUUUUGUAAGACGCUAACUGCAUCAGAUACGAGUACCCAUGGUGGGUUUUCAGUGCUCAGACGGCAUGCGGAUGAAUGUCUUCCACCAUUGGACAUGUCACGGCAGCCUCCCACCCAGGAUUUGGUUGCCAAGGAUUUGCAUGGAAAUGAGUGGCGAUUCCGGCAUAUCUUUAGGGGUCACCCACGGAGGCACUUGCUACAAAUUUGGAGUGUUUUUGUUAGCUCAAAAGAACGAUACAUGGACUGAAUUUUUUUUUUUUUCAGGGGUGAGAAUGGUGAACUUCGUGUUGGCGUGACUGCAAUGAGGCAACAGGGCAAUGCGUCUUCUGUCAUAUCCAGUCACAGCAUGCAUCUUGGUGCUGCCACUGCAUGGCAUGCAGUCUCCACUGGAACCAUGUUCACAGUUUACUACAAGCCUAGGACAAGCCCAGCAGAGUUCAUUGUUCCCUUUGAUCAGUACAUGGAAUCUGUGAAAAGCAAUUAUUCAAUUGGAAUGAGAUUCAAAAUGAGAUUUGAAGGCGAGGAGGCUCCUGAGCAGAGGUUUACUGGCACCAUUGUUGGCAUUGAUGCUGACCCCCAAAGGUGGCGAGAUUCCAAAUGGAGAUGCCAAGGUAGUGGAUGGGACAGACUUCUACCAUACCUAGGCCGAGAGUUUUCCUUGGAAGAUAAGCCUGCACUGGCUCCUCCAGCCCUCAAUCCGCUUCCAAUGCCUAGGCAAAGGCCCAGAUCAAACAUGGUUCCCUCUUCACCGGACUCCUCUAUUCUGACAAGGAGGUACUGCUCAUCUAAGAAAUGUAGACCCUUCAUCACUACUGGAUUUUCAAGGGUCUUGCAAGGUCAAGAAUACUCGACCUAAGGCAAUUUUGCUGAGAGGGAUAGCAAUGAGUCUGAUACCGCAGAAAAGUCCAUUAUCUGGCAGCCUUCACUUGAUGAUGAGAAGAUUGAUGUGGUUUGCUCCAAAAGAUAUGGAUCCGAGAACUGGGCGCCAGCAGGGAGGCAUGAACCAACUUAUACAGAUUUGCUGUCAGGCUUUGGGACGAAUGCUGGUUCUGUCCAUGGUUAUAGUCCAUCCAUUGAUCAUGUCCUUAGCAUCAGCCAUUCCAGUGAGAAAAAGCUUGCUGGAUCAAGAGGAAAGUUUAACGCUUCCCAUCGCAUGUCUUUGAUGCCCUCUAGUCUCUCACUUAAGUUGUCAGAGUCUAAUGAAAUUUCAGUUCAAGGUGUUGAUAUAAGUUAUCAAGUAACGGGCAAUGGGGGAUAUGGUGUGGGUGACUAUCCCACUCUUCAGAGUCGUAGAAUUGAGCCCUCUAACGGAAACUGGUUUAUGCCCCCUCUGCCCCCAUCUCAUUUUGAAAAUUCAGCUCAUUCGAGAGUUGAUGCAGAAACCCAUAUCGGUACAAGACCACAGGCUGGCAAAUCCAAAGACUGCAAGCUCUUUGGCAUUCCCCUCUUCAGUAGCCGUGUUACACCGAGCCUGCUGUAUCACAUCAAAACCAUGACUGAGCCAGUGGGCCACAUGCAUCACCAAUUUUGUGCACUUGAAUCUGAUCCCAGGUCAGAACAAUCUAAGAGCCCUAAAUUGGCAGAUGAUAGUCUUGGUGUUAUCGAGCAGGAGAAACCGUCACAGACUUGUCCACCUCAUAAGGAUGUUCGUAGCAAGCCUCAGAGUGGGUCUUGUAGGAGUUGUACUAAGGUAUUUUAUCUCACCACAGGAAUUGCACUUGGUAGGUCUGUGGACCUUUCAAAGUUUAACAACUGAGAAUUGAUUGCUGAAUUGGAUCAUUUGUUUGAAUUUGGCGGUGAACUUGGCUCCAAAAAGAAAUGGCUCAUUAUAUACACUGAUGAUGAGGGUGACAUUAUGCUUGUUGGAGAUGAUCCCUGGCAAGGGAUUUGUGGCAUGGUCCGCAAAAUUUUCAUCUACACAAAGGAGGUCCAGAAGAAACCAGGGUCCUUACUCUCUAAGGGUGACGAGAAUCUAUCCAUUGGGGAAAGUGCAGAUGCAAAAGAAGUGAAACAUCAGUCACUUCUUCUGCAUGUAAUGGCGAAAUUGUUAGAAUGGCUUCCAUGGAUUCUAGGUAACUCUCUAGGUGUAUUUUCAAUAUGUUCAUUUUUAGAACAGCCUGAUGCAGUUUUGCGUGGUGUAUCAGUGAAAGAUUCUACAGCCAUUCCUGGUUGGAAAUAUGCGGUAAUAGAGAUGCAUAAGAGUCCAAUAGAGAUGGAUAGAGUCCGCCGCAAUGUAUGA